GUGUUUUAUCCUUAACAACGCUUCAGGCCUAGAAAGCGCCCUCGGUUAUCACUAGUAACCUUCACCAGCGGAAAUGUCCCUCGUUCUUUAAAAAGUUGGAGUAAUCCAUUUUAUUGGCUUUAGCGACUCGGUUGUUUCAACAUGUUAUAUGAAGUCUUCAGAUUACUGCUCCUUUGCUGCCUGAUUGUUGGAGGUUUAGGUUUUUGUGGUACUUAUGAGUAUUAUUGUACACUUGACCGGUGCAUUGGAGCUACAUGGGUGUGUGAUGGAAGUAAAGACUGUGAAUAUGGAGAUGACGAAUCAGCAGUCAAUUGUCGUGAUAAUGUAUAUCCACGAUUUGAUUUAUGUCCAGACGACAUAAAUGAUAUUACGGACCCCGGAACAAAUUACCAAACAGCCAGGUGGAGGGAGCCGAAUGCAAGAGAUAAUAGAGGUAUUAAAUACAGAGGAAAAUCACAUUCGCCAGGAUGGAAGUUUUAUCUCAGGAAUGGAAACAGCACGGCUCACACAGUACGAUACUGGGCCACUGACUAUGCGGGUAACACUGCUUAUUGUAUCUUCACAAUAACUGUCAUGGAUGAAGAGCCUCCGAAAAUAGAGUGUACACACGAAACAUAUAACUUCUAUAAGAUGGAAUUCGGUUUUACGAUGAUUUCCACUGACGAAGGAAGCCCUAAUGCCACAAUUACAUGGACGGCAAAUGCUACUGAUAAUAGCGAAAUGCCGCAUAUCACAAGUUUUCCCUACAAAUCUGGUGAUGUGUUCCUGAUGCGACUAUUUCCACCAUAUGAAACUACAAUAAGAGCAUCAGACCCAUCCGGUAAUACAGAUGAAUGCAUUCUACGGUUUUCUGUAGUUGAUACCGAAAGUCCGGUUGUAAAUUGCCCAACACGCUUUAACACCAAUUUUGCUGUAAGAACAUCUACUUCCUCUUGGACAGUGUUUCCAGCUAGAGCCUCCACACCUGUUCAAUUAUAUUGGUCACCAGCAAGCGCCACCGAUAACAGUGGCACUGUAGUAUCUCUUUCCUCAAAUUACAACCCUGGUGACGUAUUUCCGGUCAGUAAUGUUGCCUAUCAGAUCACAUACACUGCAAUUGAUGAAGCUGGAAAUGUGGGGAAUUGCUCAAUCUUUUUAACAGUUGAAGAUUGGGAAAGCCCCUUGGUCGAAUGUCCAUCACACAUAGAGUCAAGAAACGAAUUUCAGAUAUGGAACAUCGUGGUCAGUGAUAAUCUUGCAGUCGGUCAUAUCAUAGCAAACGACUCUCGAGUUGUGCCAGCUAAUUAUACACUAAAUCACAAUGCUACCACUCUAGAACAGAAUGGAACUUUCCCUGUUGGUACAACUUCCAUUGAAUACAAAGUAACCGACAUUGCUGGGAACAUAGGAAGAUGUGUGCUUACAAUCACAAUUAUAGAUACUGAAAGUCCGGUUGUAAAUUGCCCAUCACGCUUUAACACCAAUUUUGCUGUAAGAACAUCUACCUCUUCUUGGACAGUGUUUCCAGCCUCUACAACUGUUCAAUUAUACUGGUCACCAGCAAGCGCCACCGAUAACAGUGGCACUGUAGUAUCUCUUUCCUCAAAUUACAACCCUGGUGACGUAUUUCCGGUCAGUAAUGUGGCCUAUCAGAUCACAUACACUGCAAUUGAUGAAGCUGGAAAUGUGGGGAAUUGCUCAAUCUUUUUAACAGUUGAAGAUUGGGAAAGCCCCUUGGUCGAAUGUCCAUCACACAUAGAGUCAAGAAACGAAUUUCAGAUAUGGAACAUCGUGGUCAGUGAUAAUCUUGCAGUCGGUCAUAUCAUAGCAAACGACUCUCGAGUUGUACCAGCUAAUUAUACACUAAAUCACAAUGCUACCACUCUAGAACAGAAUGGAACUUUCCCUGUUGGUACAACUUCCAUUGAAUACAAAGUAACAGACGUUGCUGGGAACAUAGGAAGAUGUGUGCUUACAAUCACAAUUAUAGAUAAUGAACGUCCUGUUGUGAAUUGCCCAUCACACUCGAGCAACUUUGCUUCAAGAGAAUCCAACUUCGCUUGGUCAGUGUCCACAGACAGAGGCUCCAAAUUUGCUCGGCUGCAUUGGCCGCCAGCCAAUGCUACUGACAACAGCGGCACUGUAGUAUCUGUCACCUCAAAUUACAACCCUGGCGACGUAUUUGGCGUCAGUAAUGCAGCAUAUCAGAUCACAUACACUGCAAUCGAUGAAGUUGGCAAUACUGGAUAUUGCUCCUUCUUCAUAACUGUUCAAGAUUUGGAAAGUCCGUCAAUUAAAUGUCCAUCUCAAGUAGAUUCAAGAUCUGCAUUCGUGUCAUGGGAAAUCACGCUUAGUGAUAAUGUUGCAGUCGUCCAUUUCUUUUCGAAUGACUCCCGUGUUACACCGACUAAUUCUUUACAAAAUCAAAACGAUAUCACUGUAGCACAGAGCGGAACAUUUCCUAUUGGUACAAGUUUCAUCGAAUACCUCGUGACAGACUUAUCAUGGAACGCUGGAAAAUGUUCGAUGAAAAUCACUGUCCUAGACACUGAAAGACCAUCAAUAAUGUGUCCUAGUAAUUUCUCUAAUCACCACGACUAUAUAUUUGGGAUUCACCGCCUUGUUACUGAUUAUGGUCAGUCCUACGCGACAGUCACGUGGUGUCCUCCAGAAAUCAAAAACAAUAAUGAUGGGCCUGUCACGUGGGACAGUUACCCAUAUACAUCAGGUGAUAAGUUUCCUCUUCGACUGUUCCCUCCAUACGUUGUGAAAUUUACUGCAUCCGAUUUGUUUGGCAAUAGCAAAUCUUGUUACGUAUAUUUCUCAAUAAUAGAUAUCGAACCGCCGACUAUCACAUGCCCGACAAACAUUACAAACUACUACGACACAUACUUCGGCAUUAAUCGAGCUGCGCUCGACCCAGGUUCUUCCACGAGUACCGUCAUGUGGGAUGAUCCAACUGUCUUUGACAACAGCGGACGUGUGGUGAUUGUAACGUCAACUCACCAAUCUGGAGAAUCUUUCGCACCAAGAUUCUAUCCUCCGUAUGAAGUGGAGUAUACUGCUGAAGAUGAGUCUGGAAAUAAGAAUUUUUGCAAAUUCUACUUUCUCGUAUCUGGAAACUCAGACACUGACAUAUAAAAUAUAGUUGCAUCAUAAAAUAUGUUGCAUCAUUUUAUUGUAAGAUUAUUUGAUAAUUUAUUUCCUAUUAACAUGUAAUUUUUUUUACAAAUACUGUAUCAAUAACUUUUACCAAAAAUCAAACGUCUUGAUUUGUUUUGUAUUUUUUAAAUAUAAAACUUAAUUCUUCAAUAAAUUUAACUGAAAUUGUAUUAAUUGAAAUACAAUAUAAAAAGUACGUAACACUGCAACAUGUUACAUUAUUCUGCAGUAUACCUUUCACACCAUGGGCUUUUCACAGUAGUAGCUAAAAAAGCCAUUGUUUUUCUUUGCUCUUCCAUCAUUUUUCCUAUCCUUUUGCACGGGGUUAUUCCGCGCGGCACGCGAGAACAGCCCGAAAAUAACCACGACGGUAUAUAUCUGUUUUAAUGUGGGAUUUGCUUAAAAAAUGACCGGAAAUGCCAUAUUUGACCUAUGACGCUAUUUUCCCCUACCCCCAUGUCUACUGACUAAAAACUUGGUUUCGGUCUCAAAUUAUUCAUAUACUGUAUAAUUAGUUUUACUCACUUUUGUUUCAUAUUUUGGAAGGCACCUAGAUUACAGUUUUGACCUUUAACCUGGCAGGUCACUUUAGUUGUGUGUAACUUCAUAAUAAUAGGUCAAAUAUUGUUAUUGACUUUGAUGUCAUAUUGUGUAGAACCUGUGAUUUUAUCAGAAAUUAACAAUAAAUUGUAUUUCCAUCAAUCAGAAGCAUUUACUCGGGUGAUUGGGUUUUUACAACAAUCACCACCCUUGCAUUUACAGUACUUGCAACACUUUAUUCUAGCUCUUCUACAGGGACAUGAAUUCUUGAGAGCACAUUUUGCCACUUCCUGAUGAUGACGUAAUUAAUGUCGAAAUAUUGAAUUCCGACAAAAUGGCGUGCAUUUCGAUACUUGGAGUAUGUAUUAUACUAUCUUACAUUUGCCACACGUGCAGGGAUCUGGCAGGCCAUCAGGUUUAGAGAUCACAAUAAUAGGGACUAAUAAACUGCCACUCAUAACAAAACCAAAAUUCUCAGCAUUGAUAAUUGAUCUGGCAUCUCUAAAUAGGGCUUGGACCCACAGCUGCUGUUGGUAGUAGCUUCUAUAGAUAUGUUUUCUUGUAUUAUUUGAGGUACAAGCAGGCCUACAAUUUACGAAUUUUUCGAGCUCAACAUCGGAAUAUUGAUUCAAUAAUUGAAAUACAUUCUUUUUUAAGUUUAUACACAUUUAAUA